CUCAAUUUCUUCUUCAUCACUGUUUUCUCUCUCCUCUUCUUUCUUCUUCUUUCUUCCAUGGAUUCACACAAGAUGAAAGCUUUAUAUACUUUUGUAGAAUUAUAAAGAGAACCCUGCUCUUCUUCUUUCUUGAUUAUUAAGAUUUAGUAAAAUCCCUUCUCUGAAUCUUACUCCGGCGAGGUGACCUCUGUUUUCAGGCUUACUCCGGCGAAGUUUGAAACAGAAAUGAAAGAAAAUGAUUUCAGUGAUGAAAUUGAUUGUGGAAAUUUAUUUGAUCAAAUUGACGAUUUCAUAGAUUUUCCCACCGACAAUAAUGCCUCUUUUAAUUCAAAUGAUUUUUCCACAAUUUGGUCAAAUUCCCCUUUCAAUGAAACAGCCGACCCCAUUUUUUCCGGCGACCAUACCAACACAACCGCCGCCGGCGCCGCCGUCUCUAACCUACCAGUUCCUGUUACUUAUGAAGAAAUGAUCCAAUUGGAAUGGCUUUCCAAUUUUUUUGAAAAAGAAGAUAGCUUGAGUGAUUAUAACAGAGCAGAAUCAUCCCCUUUUAAUCCCUUCAAUUCCUUAAGCCCAAUUUCAGUUCUUGAAAGCAGCACAACUCCCGCCACCGCCACAACUAUCACCACCACCGCCGCCGUCGCCGACAAUUCAUCUUGCUCCGGCGGGAAAACUCAAAGGGGACCCAGAAGCAAACGCACCCGCCCUGUAACUUUCACUUUUCGAACUAUUACCACCGGAGAAGAAGAAGAAGAGCCCAAGAAGAAGACUCUUAUUCCCAUUACCACCGGAGAAGAAGAAGAACCCAUGAAGAAAUCUCUUAUACCCAUUAUCACCGGAGAAGAAGAACCCAAGAAGAAAAAGAAGAAGAAGAAUAAGGAGUGUUCUUCAUCUUCAUCAUCAUCUUCUUCUGAUAAUCAAUUAGCAGCAGCUAUUAGAAAAUGUAUGCAUUGCCAGAUAACAAAGACACCUCAAUGGAGAAUGGGUCCAAUGGGUCCCAAAACUUUAUGCAAUGCAUGUGGAGUUCGAUUCAAGUCCGGUCGUCUCUUCCCGGAGUACCGGCCGGCGGCAAGUCCGACGUUUGUUCAUUCUCUUCACUCAAAUUCUCAUAAGAAGGUGAUUGAGAUGAGAACUGUUGCUCCCUCGGCUUGAAAAGUAAUUUCCUUAAUUUCUUAAAAAUGGUGGAGCUUCUUGACAGCCAUGGAAGUAAAAAGAAGAGUUAAAGAAAUAUUAGUUCCUUAAAAAGAAAGAAGAGAAGGGAAGAAGGAGAUUAAAUGGGGUUUUUCAGAAUUAGAUAUAAGGUUUUAUUAUAUAGAUUACUAAGAUUAGAUAGAUUUCAUUUUUUUUUUCAAUUUUUGUAAUCUAAGUUUAUUUUGUAAAAUUGUUUUUUUUUUUUUCAGAAUGAAAAAUAUAUUUUUA